AUGGACUUCCAAGCUACUCCUGCGGACGUUUCUGUUGUGGUCAGCAUCGCCGCUGAUGCUGGGCGAAACCAUUCGUCUUUUGCAACUGAGCGUCGAAUUACCCCAACAUGGACUAUCUCGCAGCUGAGAAGCAAGUUAGAAACGAUGUGUGGAAUUCCCCCGAGUUGUCAAAGGCUACGGUUAAAGUCCCCUGGCCGUGAAGAUCAAUGGCUUGAUGAUGGCGAUCAGCCGAUCGGUAACUGGGCAUUGGCAAAGGGUUGUGAGAUCGAAAUUCAUGACUUACGACCGCCCUCUGCGCGCCCGAACUUUACAGACGUUUCUUCUGUUGAAAAAUACACUCUCCCCACUUCGACUUAUGAAUCCUUGCCUAACACCGUUCUCGCAUGGAAAAAGGCACAAAAGUUAGGGCGCUUUGACCCCAAUGCACUCACUAUCGAGCAGCUGGCCCAGCAUCAAGCAGACAAGGACAGGCAGGAUAUUCAAGAGAGAGGUAUUGAAAUUUCAAAGCGGGCAAUCAUAUUACCCUCCAGCCCACCUCAUAUUCGCAGAGGAACAAUUCGCUUUAUUGGCCCUGCCCCAACAAUACCCUCUGGUACCUCAAGAGCUGGCUCCGAUUCUGACGGACUAGUGCCAGUGUGGAUAGGAAUAGAGCUUGAUGAGCCAACCGGAAAAAAUGAUGGCAGUGUAGGUGGGAGAAGAUAUUUUACGUGCCCAGACAAAUGCGGGGCCUUUGUUAAACCUGAGAAAGUAGAGGUUGGAGAUUUUCCCCCACUGGGAUUAGACUUGGAUGAAAAUAUGGAAGAGAUCUGA